AUGUCAACUCCUACGAAUGUAAAGCAGGAACCACUCAGUCCAUACGCAACACCACCACCACCACCACCAGAGCUGCCACCACAGCAUCCACCAUACCCCAUCCACCAUAUGCCACCAUCCGAGAACCUCACCUUACACAACCAUUAUCAACAAACAGCCGCAGCUUUUCUACCACCAGUCCCGACCUGGAAUUCGCCACAGCCACCAUACAGCGGUCGCUCUGAAUAUCGACAGCGGCCACUAGAUCUUACACGUCAGCAUCCAUACCUACCUCCAGGUCAAUUAUAUCCUCCACCGCCAGCGGCGGUAGGAAGAGAGGCUCCAGGUUAUCCCGCUGAUCCAGGAUACAGGUGGCCAGGAUACAGGUGGCCAGGAUACAGGUGGCCAGGGAGUGUGGCGGGUCGUCCAAGAUCUCCCGCUGAGCUCCGACGUCCUCCCCAUCAUCUCGUGAGUAUCCACGAUGCUCCAGACUAUGGGUCGCAUCCUUGCCACACUAGUCCCGACAGCCAGCCAAACGGAAUCCAUCACCCAUUUCAUGUGGUGACAGGCCACGACAGAAUGGCCGGGCAACAUCCUGGACCUCCUAGACCUUAUGGGCCACACCUUGCAGAAACAUCACCACCCGCGGGGUAUCAUGUACAGUCUUCAUAUCACAAUCCCGAUCUUCAGCGAAGACGGAAGGCUGUGCGAGCGGCAGAAGCAUGCGAUUCCUGUCGACAACGAAAAACAAAAUGCGACGAGAGCAGACCGCAAUGUCAUCAUUGCAAGGUCAACGGCUUGACAUGUACAUAUAGAGAGUUACCGUUGAAGAAGUCGGAGAAGCAAAUAAUUGACAUCACUGGUAGAUUGGAGACGAUAAACAGGAGUAUUGAAAUGCUUAUUCAAAAGUCGAAGACGCAGGACGAGAAGAUUGAUGCGUUAUCGAAAGCGUUGCAGCAGAGGCAGCAAUAUGACAUCGACACGGCGCCAACAAUAGAUGGACACCAGGAAAUUGCCUCACGACAGAAUGAUGGGUCAACCUUUGUCGCCAAUUUUCAAGAUGAUACAUUAUGGGCCCAUCGCAGAGAAGAGAACUCUGAUGUGCACUCCACAACACGACCACAAGCGCUACCGACAAGUCCUGCUGGCCAAGCAGAGAACCAGAGAGGGAAAAUUUCGAACCAACCUUGCCUGGAAUCCAUACUACAGUGA